AUGAAGCUGGCACGUCAUUCGCAUCGUGCCAAACGUGUGGCCAAGAAGCCGAAUGUAAUCAGCUUUUGUUUGUGCUUGACUUUUAGUAUAUCACUCUCGAUGAUACUGUGUGUAGAUGGAUCAUUCCACGAGAGAAGGCUUUAUGAAGAUCUGAUGAGGGACUAUAAUAUACUGGAACGACCGGUCGCUAACCAUUCACAGCCUGUUGUUGUCAAGUUGAAGGUAUCGUUGCAACAAUUGAUUGAUGUAGACGAGAAGAAUCAGGUCGUCUAUGUUAAUGCUUGGCUGGAUUAUGUGAGUUGAAAUUUAUAAGUUACAGUAACAUCACUUUUAGGUAUAAGAUGUUAAUAAUACAACAUGUACAGUAACUUCUUGUUUUAGGCUUGGAAUGACUACAAAUUACGGUGGGACAUAGGAGAGUAUGGUAACAUAACGGACGUACGCUUUCCCGUAGGUAAAAUAUGGAAACCUGGUAAGUUAUGUCACUAUACUUUGCUCUACCCUAUCUUGCCUUACCCUACUCUAUCCUACUUUACCUUAUCGUACAUUACCUUGACCUACUUUAUCCUACCCUACUUCACCCUAUCGUACCUUACCCUACCCUACCUUCAUAUAUAACACUAAACUUUACUCCGCCCUACCCUUCUCUACAAUAAUAUACCGUACUUUCAGACGUCCUACUGUACAACAGUGUAGACUCCAACUUUGACUCAACGUAUCCCUCAAACAUGAUUGUCUACAAUACGGGUGAUGUGUCGUGGAUCCCUCCGGGUAUAUUUAAGAUAUCGUGCAAGAUUGACAUCAAAUGGUUUCCCUUCGAUGAGCAACGUUGCUUCUUCAAGUUUGGUUCGUGGACGUACGGGGGGAGGAUGGUGGACCUACAGCCGGCUGAAGGGGGAUUUGAUAUCAGUGAAUAUCUGCCUAAUGGUGAAUGGGCUUUGCCUAGUAAGUUUGUAUAUAAUAGUACUAUUUUUUGAAUUUUUACUGUAUUCAACCCUAGCUACGGCUGUGAGAGUUGAUUUUAAGCCUAGACAGUACCAUUUUGAGCAUGUAUAGCAGUAUUUUAAGCCGCUAUAUUACUUUAUUAGGCCUAUAACAUCAAUAUAGUGUCAAUCUAUGCUUUGGCAGUACUAUACUAAACCUAAAAAGCACUAUUUAGAACCUAAAAAGUACUAUUUUAAGCCUAAGAAGUAUCAUUUUGAAACUAGAAGGUAUCAUUUUAAGGCUAAGCAGUUCAUUUUAAACCUAACAGUACAAUUUUAAGCCUAAAAGGUAUCAUCUUUAACCUAAACAGUACUAUUGUGAACUUUAAUAGUACCAUUUUAAAGCUAAAAAGUACCAUUUUAAACAUAAAGAGUACCAUUUUUAGUCUAAAAGGUACUAUUAUAGGCCUAAACAGUACCAUUUUAAGUUUAAACAGUACCACUUAAAACCUAAACAGUACCAUUUUAAACCUAAAUAAUAUCAUUUUAAACCCAAAAAGUACCAUUUUAAUUCUGAAAAGUACCAUUUCAGUGACGAGUGUAUCGCGAACGGAAAAGUUCUACGAAUGUUGCCCCGAGGAGCCAUACCCCGAUGUGACAUUCUUUUUGCAUAUGCGACGACGCACACUUUACUACGGGUUCAAUCUAAUCAUGCCAUGUAUAUUAACAACAAUGAUGACACUACUCGGGUUCACGUUGCCGCCUGAUGCUGGAGAGAAAAUCACAUUACGUAAGAGCUGAUUAUAUUGUCUUAGAUGCUAUAGUGACUUACCGCGACGUAUUUUACAUUAAGAAAGGCUAUGAUAGAGGAUAAUGUGCUAACUAAUUCACAUUUAGAAAUCACGGUGUUGCUGUCGAUCUGUUUCUUCUUGAGCAUGUUAUCGGAGAUGUCUCCGCCGACAUCAGAAGCUGUACCUCUGCUUGGUAUCUUCUUCUCAUCGUGUAUGAUUGUGGUAACAGCAUCUACAGUGUUCACAGUAUAUGUGCUGAAUCUUCAUUAUCGUACUCCUGAGACUCAUGAAAUGUCGCCUAUGGUAAGGAGCGUAAAACUAUAAACUCGCUAGAACUGAGGGAGGGGUGGAGAUGGAAGCGUAGGGAGACCAUGCCCGCAAAAAAAAUUUUAAAAAUUUUGCAAGAAGAAAAAAAAAGGCCGUAUUUUACCAUUUCACAACCAUUUUUUGUUUGAUGUUAUAUCACUCAGUACCGUAUGCCACUCAGUACUAUUUUAUGGUUAACUGCCCUACUUUCAGGCAAGAACAAUCCUACUGUAUUGGUUACCGUACUUUUUGAGAAUCGAACGACCUGGCAUCUACUUGACUUGGGAAACACUACCUUCCAUAUUACCUUGGUCAAAGCCAAAAAGACACAGUGAAUCAUUGAUAAGGAAUAUAAAACAAGUUGAGGAUGGUACACGGUACGUCAGACAAUCAAGUACUUCAAGAUAGACAAAUAGUACAUUACUAAAACAAUUUUUUUGAUUCAGUUAGUACUAUAUAGUACUACUUUUUACCUGCUACUCUACAGUAAAACCUUAUCACAUUACCAACUGGCAUUAGAAAUACAGUGAUAAACUCAGCUAAUACAUCUUGUAUCUUGCUCUUUUCAGAAACUCAAUAGACAUAGAACGGCACGUUGUAACGCAAUUUUUCAACGUUCUUAGCAACGGUGGAAUCAAUGGUAUUAAACCGAUGAAGAAUGGAGCACCAAGUACUCAGUUGAGUAUGGAGAGUACCGCACUAUCUUCGUCCCCAAUAUCAGAUCAAGGAAAUGCUGCUGUAUUACAGCUACUACAACGAAUUCACUCGGAAUUAAAGGUAAAAUACGCCUACUUUGAUUAAGAGUUGUUUAGGACUCUAGUGAGGUACUAUAUAGCACUAAAUGAUGAGCAUAGUUAAACCCAAAAAUUUUUUAUGAGAAGGGGCACAGAAUUAGUUGAACAUCCUAAUAUAUAAUACUAAAGUAUCAAUUACCACACCUAAUUUUAGGUAAUAACAAAGCGAAUGAUGGAAGAAGAGCGAGAAGAGAACCAGGCCACGAAUUGGAAGUUCGCCGCCAUGGUGGUAGAUCGGCUAUGUCUAUACAUAUUCACAAUAUUCAUUAUAGCUACGUGUGUUGGUGUCAUGAUGGCUGCGCCCUACUUGAUUGCAUAA